AUGACGCGUGGUCAGAAGUUUGGUCGACUGCUUCAAUAUUUAGAAAAAUGCACAGAAAGUGAAGAUUAUUUUGAUGUUCUGCAUUCUGUGGUUAAUCGAAUCGAAGUGAUGGAUCUGUGCAGGAUGUCGUUGGAUUUUUAUCCAAACGAUUCUUUUAACGAGCGAGUACAUGUUGUUGAUAGCAUGGCAAAGGAAUAUUUGGAAAAGGCAGCAAUGAAUGUUCGACAUCUUAUUCCAGCAAACGUUCCAGGUGAUGAUAAUUGUCUCUAUCACUCUGUUCUUCUCGUGAUGAAUAAUUCUGUAAUGACAACGAGCGAGUUAAGAGUUCGCACGAUUGUGGAAUUGAUAACGAAUGAAACAUACUAUUCGAAUAUGUUCGCUUCGUGUAUUGGUCCUUUGGAUGAAGCUAUUAAAGGUGUGUGCAAAAAUUACACAUAUUCGGAAUUAUACGAAAUUAGUGCUCUAUGUAUCGCAGUUGGCUGUAACAUAAGAAGCAUUUACCCUGAAAUUGACUUUCGAAUCGAUAUGACUAUUAUGAAUAGUGUUUUUACGCCGAUUUCACCGGUUAUUGGAAAGUAUGAAAUCAAAAUUUUGUGGUCAAGCCUCUGCAGUGAAAAGAUUGUUCGGGCAAUGAAUAAUAACAAAUGGAGUCCUAAUCAUUUUGUUCCGUUAAUGUCAUCAAACAUGCAGCAUGAAUAUGUCGGUCGUAGUCAAGUACAAUUAACUAACAAAACACCGGAAAAGAAAACAACGAAGAAUACUAUUAACACUCAUGUACGAAUUCCUGAAUUUCAGUCUUCACCUAGUAGACGUUUACGCAGUGAAGCUAGCACAAAUAGUGAUCAUGUUGAAAUUAUCAAUACAAAUGCGAUGGAACAAAUGGAAAUAGAAAGAGAAGGACAGCAUAAAACGCGACUUGCGACUUUAAGAGAUCGUGCUCGUUCAAGACGAAAUAGCGAAACAGAUGCCCAGCGUCAAGAUCGACUCAGGAAAGAUCGGGAACGAGCUGAAGCUCGACGAGCUAGUGAAACACAGGAUCAACAUCGAGAACGACUGGAACAGCAGAAAGAUUAUGUCCGAACAAGUCGAAUGAACGAAUCAGAGGAAAAAUAUCAGAUUCGGAUCGAUUGUCAGAGGGAACGAAGUCAAGCCCAGAGAACUGACAAAAAAUUGGAAAAACGGGCACUUGACAAUCUUAUGACACAUGAACAAGAUACCGAUGAACGUGGAUUUGGAAAUAGCAACUAUAGCUAUCCUGAUGAUAGUUCGAUGAAUGUAAUUAGACGUAACUAUAGUACCACAAAUAGGAACGAAGGACAUGAUUCAUCAACUUGGCCAACACCAAUAUCCGCUCAAGUGAAAGAAGAAUGCUUAAAGCAAUUUCUUCAACGAAUGUCUACGAGCAGUCUUGCUGAAGUUACUUGUGCAAUUUGUAAUGUUCGUAGCUGGAAACAUGAAUGCAAAAUAGUUCCAACUUCAACAAUAUCUUAUAAGGAUUUGCUCAAAGUAUCUGAUGAAUUAAGAGAUUUAAUCACCAAUAUUCAACGACCAAUUUUGAAAUAUUCUGAUGCGACAACUGCACAGGGAGCGUUGAAAGGCAACUGUAUUACUUUUCUUCAAAAUAUCCCAAAUAUUGCUAACAGUUUACCACUGGCAAUGGACGAUUUAUGCGACACGCUUAAAGUAAUAUUUAUCGGUGCACGUCCUCCUCAGUGUAUUCAACUUAAAAAGAUCCUUACAGUCCGAAAGAAAAAGGUGGCGGAAGCUCUGCAUUGGUUAAAAAAAUACAAUAUACUUUAUAAGGACGUCGACAUAAAUCAGGAUAAUAUUAUGAAACUACCAGAAGACGAUAUACCAGAAUCGAUCAUGUCAACAAUAGAACAAAAGAUUGGUGACGAGGAGACACAGCUAUCUGAAAGAGCUGGCUAUAUUCCAGAUCCUUUACUACAUUCAACAGAAUCAGACACAUCAGACAAAUCUUCAACUCAAAAUUCAUUGCCUUUUUAUUUGGAGAAUGAAAUUAUUCUUUAUAAGAAUGGUGUAUUUCAAGAUAACAACGUAACCAUGUGUUCAAUUUGUCACAAUUGUUCUGAAGCUCUUUCUAAAGGGAAAACUCCAAAAUUUUCAGCAGCAAACAACAUGUGGUUAGGCAAUAUACCUAUUGAGUUACAAGAGCUAACAAUUCCUGAACAAAAGUUAAUAUCGUUACAUCGUCAUAAUAGUUGUGUAAUAAAACUCCAGUCACCUUUUCAUACGGCGACAACUGCACAGGGAGCGUUGAAAGGCAACUGUAUUACUUUUCUUCAAAAUAUCCCGAAUAUUGCUAACAGUUUACCACUGGCAAUGGACGAUUUAUGCGACACGCUGAAAGUAAUAUUUAUUGGUGCACGUCCUCCUCAACGCAUCCAACUUAAGAGAGUUCUUACAGUCCGAAAGAAAAAGGUGGCGGAAGCUCUGCAUUGGUUAAAAAAAUACAAUAGACUUUAUAAGGACGUCGACAUAAAUCAGGAUAAUAUUAUGAAACUACCAGAAGACGAUAUACCAGAAUCGAUCAUGUCAACAAUAGAACAAAAGAUUGGUGACGAGGCGACACAGCUAUCUGAAAGAGCUGGCUAUACUCCAGAUCCUUUACUGCAUUCAACAGAAUCAGACACAUCAGACAGUGUUCCUAUGAACAAUAGUGCCGUUCUUGAUGUAAAUGGCUCAUUGGUAUGUUCAGAUGAAAUCAAUAAUUACGUUUUAACAAAGAUGAAAACUGGUGAAACAGAUAAUCAAAUGGAUGUCGAAAACGUUUACUUAAUUCCGCAUUCCUCUAAACCUGUUAAUGAAUAUUUUAAUCCGAAACUAUUAGCAGGUCUUUAUCCAACUUUGUUUUGUUAUGGACGAGGUGCACCUGAAGAUCAGUCAAAGCCAAUCAACAUAAACUUUCGAGAACAUAUACGUUAUCUGUUAUCAUACGAUGAUCGACGCUUUGAAAAGAACCAUAGUUUCAUUUUUGUAGUUUUUAACAUAUUACAAAGACGUGAUGCAUGUCUUCAUGCUCAACUUAUAGCAACGAAACCUUAUUUUCAAUCUUCUGUUCAGGAAAUUCANCAACUUAAAAAGAUCCUUACAGUCCGAAAGAAAAAGGUGGCGGAAGCUCUGCAUUGGUUAAAAAAAUACAAUAUACGUUAUAAGGACGUCGACAUAAAUCAGGAUAAUAUUAUGAAACUACCAGAAGACGAUAUACCAGAAUCUAUCGUGUCAACGAUGGAACAAAAGAUUGGUGACGAGGAAACACAGCUAUCUGAAAGAGCUGGCUAUGUUCCAGAUCCUUUACUACAUUCAACAAAAUCGGACACAUCAGACAGUGUUCCUAUGAACAAUAGUGCCGUUCUUGAUGUAAAUGGCUCAUUAGUAUCUUCAGAUGAAAUCAAUAAUUACGUUUUAACAAAGAUGAAAACUGGCGGAACAGAUAAUCAAAUAGAUGUCGAAAACGUUCACUUAAUUCCGCAUUCUUCUAAACCUGCUAAUGAAUAUUUUAAUCCGAAACUACUAGCAGGUCUCUAUCCCACUUUGUUUUGUUAUGGACGAGGUGCACCUGAAGAACAGUCAAAGUCCAUCAACAUAAACUUUCGAGAACAUAUACGUUAUCUGUUAUCAUACGAUGAUCGACGUUUUGAAAAGAAUUAUAGUUUCAUUUUUGUAGUUUUUAACAUAUUACAAAGACGUGAUGCAUGUCUUCAUGCGCAAAUUAUAGCAACGAAACCUUGUUUUCAAUCUUCUGUUCAACAAAUUCAAUCAUUAAGCAGUUCUGAUAUUGAAACAGCUCUUAAGAAUAUUUCCACUAGAACAUAUGAAAACCAUUGUAACAAGGGACUGGGUAAACUAUUAAAUCAUAUAAAAACUAUCGAUGGUCGCGUUAUGGGUUCAGCACAUUCACGUACAGCUUUACGCACACAUAUCCAUGCAUUAAUUUUCAACCAAGGACUACCAAGUAUUUUCUUAACUAUUAAUCCAGCUGAUAUUCAUAGUCCCGUCGCAUUAUACUUCGCGGGAGUCAAACUCGAUCUAGACCAUGCUCAAGCAGAACAACUUAUGGAUGCAUACAAACGUGCCGAAAUCAUAGCUUCUCAUCCUGUGGCGACAGCUAAAUUCUUUCAUACGUUAAUUUCCAAUAUCUUAGAUACAACGAUUAUUGGCGGGGCACGUGGUCCCGUAAAAGCUUAUUUUGGCACUGUUGAAAGCCAAGGCUGCGGUUCACUUCAUUUACAUCUAUUGAUCUGA